ACGUGUCAUAACAGCAUUGGUUACGCUUACGCAGACACAGUUCCUGGGAGAAUUAAGAGGAACCGUGUUUUGUCAAAUAGUUCUCCGCUUUCUCCUUCUCUUCUCUUCGUCUUCUUCCUCUGCGCUCGUCUUUUAUGAGAGCUUAAAGCUCGAGUCUCUCCCUCUCCUCUCUUUAAUUAACGUUUACACAACUACGAUCAUCAAUUUCUCCUGCGCGCUCCUGACUUCUUCUCCCCUAGAAAGAAUGAUUCGGCUUAGGGCUUACGCGGGGAUCAGCACCCUCGCAACACUCUCCGUGAUCUACCACGCCUUCAGCAGCCGUGGUCAGUUCUACCCAGCCACCGUCUAUCUAUCCACCUCCAAGACCAGUCUAGUCAUCCUUCUCAACAUGGGCCUCGUCCUCAUGCUCGCCUUAUGGAACCUCGUCAAGCUCGUCUUCCUCGGCUCCCUCAGAGAAGCCGAGGUGGAGCGGCUGAACGAGCAGGCCUGGAGAGAGCUCAUGGAGAUUCUCUUCGCCGUCACUAUCUUCCGACAGGACUUCUCUGUCGGGUUCCUCUCUUUGGUCGUGACUCUCUUGCUGAUCAAGGCUUUGCACUGGAUGGCUCAGAAGAGGGUCGAGUAUAUCGAGACGACUCCUUCCGUGACUUUGCUCUCGCAUGUUCGCAUUGUGUCUUUCAUGGUGUUUCUCCUGAUCUUGGAUGGUCUCUUUACGUAUACUUCGAUACGGCAGUAUAUUCAGACACCGAAAGCUUCCAUGUCGGUCUUCUUCACGUUUGAGUAUAUGAUUCUGGCGACUACAACUCUAUCUGUGAUUGUGAAGUAUGCCUUCUAUGUCACUGAUCUGGUCAUGGAAGGUCAAUGGGAAGGGAAGCCAGUAUAUACUUUCUAUUUGGAGCUUGUUCGUGACUUGCUUCACUUGUCCAUGUACCUCUGCUUCUUCCUUAUGAUCUUCAUGAACUAUGGACUUCCGUUGCAUCUAAUAAGGGAGCUCUACGAAACAUUCAGAAACUUCAAGAUCCGUGUGACUGAUUACCUCCGGUAUCGUAAAAUCGCUUCCAAUAUGAACGAUCGGUUUCCUGAUGCAACUCCUGAAGAACUCAGUUCAAAUGAUGCCACCUGUAUUAUAUGCCGUGAAGAAAUGACCUCAGCGAAGAAGUUAGUAUGUGGCCAUCUGUUUCAUGUACACUGUCUUCGGUCGUGGUUGGAACGACAGAACACGUGUCCCACCUGCAGAGCACUGGUUGUACCAGCUGAGAAUGCUACAUCAACAGCUUCUGCAGCACACCAAGUAUCCUUGCAGCAGCAGGGAACGGGAACUUCAAGUUCAGAUGGCCAGAGUUCUUCUGUUGCUGCAAGUGGUAAUUUGAGCAGGCAUGAGGCUAGGGUUCGAGCUGCUGCUUCUGCAGCGUCCAUAUAUGGGAGAUCCUUUGUUUAUCCAUCUUCUGAAAACACACUUGUCUGGUCUCAAGGCUAUUCGUCGCUUCCUCAAGCAGAGCUAGAAUCUCAGAAGAGGUAUCUCGAGUCCCAGAUUGAGGUGUUACAAAACCAGCUACGUCUUCUAAAGGAGCCUGCUGCAACUACUGUAGAUAUGAAAGGAAAGUCGGUUGCGGAGUGAACUAUCAAAGAAAAUGUUGCGAGUAAACUUCAGAAUGUGGGAAUGGUUUUGCUAGAAAGGAUUUUUAAAUGUACAUGUUGGUUUGGAACAUAUACGAGGCUCUACAACAGUUCUCUAUAUCAGCUUUUCUUCAAUUAUUUCCUUUUCAGUGUCGUAUUCGAUCUCCAGAACCCUUAUCGCAUUUCAACUGCGCAAGUUUCUACUUAAUUCACCAUGAUUACAUU